AUGAGGUCAUUCGGUCCUUUGAUCGGCUUUUUGGCCUUACAAGCAGGCUGUGUUAUCGCAGAUAGCUAUACAUUGCAUCAUCGGAUAGGCUCGGGCGAUUGGGUUAAACGUGGAAUUAUUCGAACGGCAGAAUCAGGUGCACUUUAUGAAGACCUAUCGGGAAAUACAGAGCCAUGGAAAGCAUUACCGGAGUAUGAAUCUACAUCUAGAUCACUGUAUCAGCUCGCUUUAACAUCAGAAGGCACAAACACAGUUGAUGAUUUAGCGCCUAUCACCUUCGCUAGAACAUGUCACUUGGCUUCAAACAGUGAUGAAAGCUUCACAGUACAUACUGACAGGGAUGGUAAAGAAGUUUUGAGCUUGGGCUACGAAUUGGCUGGAUUAGAUAUCUCACAAUUAGAUGUCGACGGAUGUCCUAUCCUAUCAGCUGCGACUGUGCCAACGGCAAAGCAAGUGAUUAUCAAUAUGAAUAAGCCACAAGAGCCACUUACAGUCUUACCUCCUGCUGCUCCUCCAACAAAACCAGAUGGCUCUCCAUUAGCACCCGGGGAAGAACCACCGAAAGAACAAAGUUUCGUGCGAAAAUAUUGGUAUUACAUCUUACCUGUCGUUUUGAUGAUGCUAAUCCCAACGGAGAUCGCUGAUGCGAAUAAUGACGAAGCAGAAAACGGUGAUGGAUUUAGCGGUGGCUCGGGUUCUGGAGCUCGUCUAAAGUCAACCAGAGCAGGUGGUCCAGCUCCCGUUGGUGCAGCAGCAGGCGGCGCAAGAAGGCGGUAG